AUGUCUGCCGGUGAUGGAACAUCAACCCCAGGGGUGGGUGGCAGCAAUGCCAGUGAAUUCGUUCGCAAGCUCUAUCGAAUGCUUGAGGACCCAGCGCAUCAGGAUGUCGCUAGAUGGGGCAAGGACGGUGACACAUUCGUUGUUGUUGAGAACGAAAAAUUCACUCGCUCUAUCCUUCCAAAGCACUUCAAGCACAGCAACAUGGCAAGUUUUGUCCGGCAACUGAACAAGUACGAUUUCCAUAAAGUGCGACAGACAAACGAUAGUGGUUCUUCGGCCAACGGUGCCAACACUCUCGAAUUCAAGCAUCCCAACUUCAGAGUCGGAAGCAAGGAUGAUCUUGACAACAUUCGCCGAAAAGCACCAGCGCCCAGGAGAACGCAGGCUACGGAAGAUUUCACAACGAGUCAUCACGUCAGCGUCAUGACUGAACAGCUCACGGCUACCCAGCAGCAAGUGCAGCAACUCCAGGAACUGUUUACCGAGGUUUCCCAGACCAACCGCCUCCUUGUGAACGAGGUGUUGACUCUGCAAAAAAUGCUCAAUGCGCAAAAGCAAUCCCAACAUGAGAUGCUGAACUUCCUGUCGCCUUCCAGCAACCGCCAUCAGCAGGCCAUGCAUCUCAAUGUUGGAACAUCUCCUUUGGAUGGGAGUGACGAUGCGGCACCUGAAUUGCGACGAGCUCGCGAACUUCUGUCCAGCGUGACACCCGAUCAAAUUGCCGAUCGAGAACUGGAACGUCUUCAGGGAGUAUAUGGGUCUCCGGCCGACUCCGCAGUUGUCAUCCCACAAGCCUCAAUGCCCAUGAUGCAUGAUCCAAUGAACGAUAUCAAUCGCUACCCCGUAUAUCCUGUGGGUCAGACCGUUGGCAUUGACCCUUUCCACUCAGAUCAUAUCCACAAGAUUCCAUACGCGAUGCCCAAUGAAUCGAGUGCGAACGCCAUGCAGGAAGUACCGGCCCCUCAACCCAUCAACAUCCAGACACAUGCGAACUCCGGUUCGUCGACCAAUUCGGCUCUGACAUGGGCGUCGCGGAAACCCAGGAUUUUCCUUGUCGAGGAUGAUCCAACUUGUGCCAAGAUUGGUAUCAAAUUCCUGAAGUCGAUGGGGUGUGAAGUUGAGCAUGCUCAAAAUGGAGCAGACGCAUACAGCCGAAUCACAGGGGUCACCCGUGACCAUUUCGACAUGAUCUUCAUGGAUAUCAUCAUGCCCAAGCUGGACGGUGUCUCAACCACCAUGUACAUUCGGCAAGAUUGCCCUGCCAUUCCCAUUGUCGCCAUGACAUCGAAUAUUCGGUCUGACGAGGUCCAUUGCUAUUUUGAACACGGUAUGAACGGAGUUCUAGCCAAGCCAUUUACCAAGAGCGGAAUGCAGAAGAUCGUCGAGAACCAUCUGAGCUAUCUCCUCAAGGGCUAUGACCCUUCAACUCAGCAGGAGUCAGGUUCGGGAUAUGUGGUUGGGGGCGCAGGUUACAUGAACCCUCCUAGUAAUUUGAACACGCCCGGCGGGACAACGUUCAAGUUCGAGACAACCCCUACGCCCCCAGCGACUGGCGCCACUUGGUCCCCAGGACAGAUGCCGCAACAGUCUCCCCUAAACACAGGAAUGGACCAGGGGUACGGCAUGGUCAACGGUGCGAAUCAAUAUGGCUUGACACCCACCAGCGCCAGUCGAGCUAGUUUCCCAGGAGGCAUCUCACAAACCAGCCAGGGACGCAUGGAUGGCCAGAGCCCACCAGAAAAGAGACAACGUACCUAUGUUUAA